AUGGCACAGUCAAGAGAGUUCGACGAUCCUCUGCCGCAUGCUCGAUACAAAGGACAUCGCAAACCCAAGACGGAGUACAGUGUUGAGUCAGGGAAGGAGGUUCCCACCUGGAGCACAUCCCUCCUUCAUUGCCUCGACAACCCUCGCAUGUGCUUGUGUGCCCUCACGGGCAUCGGCGUCUGCGUCAUCCACGGGCACGUGCAUGACGCUCUCGUCAGCGACGGCUGCUGCCUCAGCUGCUGCCAGGGUAUCAUCACCCCAGGAGAGUGCGUUGAAGUUGACGACAACAAGGGUUUCGAGGACGAGGAGAAGACGUUUAUUCUACGAUCUGCGGAGAAGAGAACUUUGACCGAGGUCGACCCCUGGUCUCGUCAUGUUUGUUUGAGGAUUGAUUGUGCUCCUGUAGUGCUUGUGGGGUACUUUGAGAAACCGAGAGACAUUCUGAAAGACGAUGGGUUCGAGACAGUUCAGAGUGAACCCUCCAGCGCACGUUCUGAGAUUUCCCGUCAAAAUGAGCCCCCGGCAACGCAGAACUCGUUGCGAUGA